AUGGCACAAGAGGCAACCAGAAAGCACAUUUUACGUACGAUGACGACGAAGCAGGAAGCUCAACAGACAUGGGGCAGAAUGAAACGGUGGAAGUCUGGAAGAGGUUCCCCUGCUGGAAAAUUGAAAAUACAGAAGCAAGAACGUCUUGAGAUGGAUAAAUAUGGCAUUUCUUUUCCAUAUUCUGGCAGGCAGCACUGCAGGCCAGGUCAUAAACAAUUCAAUCCAGAUAUAUGCACUGAUCUCAUUCUCACCUAUCUAGGGAAGAGGUCGAAAAGCUCAACCAUCUCAACCAACUUCUCAUAG